GAUAAAAAUAACAAUAAAGAGAAAAGCAGUUUUCUUUUUUCUCUUUUUCAUAGCCGGAAAAGGAAAUUUCAACCAAAACGACGCUAUCUCGGCUGGAAUUAGACGAUGGAACCCCAUUCCAGUUUGACUCCAUAUCUUCAGUCUUGUUUAUAUUACCCAUUAUUCACCUUCUUCUUCCUCGCAUUCAUACUACCAACUUUGAAUUUCCUUAGCUAAGGGAUCUACCAUGAAUGGUGCUACUGAAGAAUCUGGGGCUCCAGCAAGGACUGAGCAGGGGAAGUUCACAGCUCUGGCAGUUUGCUGGGUUCUCGGUUUGGGUUCCCUUGUUUCUUGGAAUAGUAUGCUAACUAUUUCAGAUUACUAUUAUCAAUUGUUUCCGCACUAUCAUCCAUCGAGAGUACUGACUCUUGUGUAUCAACCAUUUGCACUUGGAGUGAUUGCAAUUCUAGCAUAUCACGAAGCAAAAAUCGAUACACGAUGGAGAAACAUACGUGGAUAUGCUCUCUUCUUCAUAAGUACUGUGUUGCUCAUAGUUUUGGAUUUGGUUACCUCUGGAAAAGGAGGAAUUGGACCAUAUAUUGCUUUGUGUGUCAUUGUUGGUUCCUUUGGAGUCGCUGAUGCCUUCGUGCAAGGUGGGAUGGUUGGAGAUCUCUCUUUGAUGUGUCCUGAAUUCAUCCAGUCUUUUAUGGCUGGAUUGGCUGCCUCAGGAGCUCUCACCUCUGGGUUGAGGCUAAUAACAAAAGCUGCUUUUGAGGACUUUCAUAGCGGUCUUCGUAAAGGGACUAUUCUAUUUUUAUCGAUAUCUGCUGCUUUCGAGUUCCUUUGCGUUGUUCUCUAUGCCAUAGUCUUCCCUAAAAUCCCUCUAGUGAAGUUCUACCGUAAGAAGGCAGCUUCCGAAGGAUCGAAAACUGUGUCAUCUGACCUUGCUGCUGCAGGCAUCCAAAUUCAGUCAAACCAAGAAGACAAAACCGAAAUACUCAGCAAAAAGCAACUAUUUCAGAAGAAUAUGGACUAUCUUUUUGGCGUGUAUCUGAUAUAUGUUCUCACAUUGUCAAUCUUUCCUGGCUUCUUGUAUGAAAAUACCGGAGAACACCAAUUGGGUUCAUGGUACCCACUUGUUUUAAUAGCAAUGUACAACGUCUGGGAUCUGGUAGGCAGAUAUGUACCUCUCAUCAACUGCCUCAAGUUGGAGUCGAGGAAGGGCCUGUUGAUUGCGAUUCUAAGCCGUUUCCUACUAGUCCCUGCAUUUUACUUCACAGCAAAGUAUGGUGAUCAAGGGUGGAUGAUCUUGCUCACUUCAUUCUUGGGAUUGAGCAACGGCCACCUUACAGUUUGUGUCUUUACUGCAGCACCUAAAGGCUACAAGGCACCUGAGCAGAAUGCAUUGGGGAAUUUGCUUGUAAUGUUCCUUUUAGGAGGCAUUUUUUCUGGAGUUGCUCUUGAUUGGCUGUGGAUCAUAGGAAAUGGAAGCUUUUGAAGCAUAAGUUAAUAUUCGCUUCAUGAACAACGACAAAGUGGGGAUAUGGAAAGCUUUUAGAUUUUAAACAACAGAUAGAUGUUAUCAUUAUUCCUAUUUUAUGCUUUUCCUAAUUGUAAUUAAACCAGUUGAAUUUUAGAAUGCUAUCUGAGUUCAAUCCAUCUUUUUUUGCUUCUUUUAUUUUUAUUAA